AUGGCAGAAGAAAAUAGAAACGGAGAUAUUUCUCCGGUGGAAGAAGAUACUUUGGAGGAUUCCUCUCGUGAAGGGCAGAAGCCACCUUCAUCUUCGUCUGUAGUUACGAAGAAAAAGAGGAAGUCGAGGUCUAAGUAUUCGGAGUUAGAAGAUAAGUGGAACACAAAGUUCGGAAACUUAAAUAGUAAGUUAGAUAGCAUGUUUGACUUGUUAAAGGGUGAACUAACAGCUAGACAUGUACAGACAAGUACCGCAAAUGGUGACAAUAUAAAUACGUCUGAUAAUUCACUGUCACAAAGACAGUCCAGUUCAACUUCAAGUCUGUCACAAAGACAGACGAGUAAAAGUCAGUCACAAAGACCGACACUUAGGUCUAGAGAUUCAGAUAAUGAAUCAGCUGAUGAUCGUGAUGAUGUAAUGUCUUUGCAACCAGGUCAAAACGAAGUUUUGGGUUCAGGGACAGAGUCUGACAAUGAAGACUCUAAUGAUGAACAGUUGUCAAGUAAGGCAAAGAAAUGUUUAUUUGAUAUUUUUGGUGAGGAUGCCAUUGCCAAGAAAACAGAGAAAAAAAUUGGCAUUACAAUGGAUGAUUCUCAAAAAGAGGUUCUAAUGGGUCACUGGCGUGCACUCAAACCUAAUUUAGUAUCAGCAUUUGCUGAAGAAACUAAAGAACUAUUUCCUGUUGAUGAGGAAACAGAAAAAUUCCUUCAGGUACCAACUUUAGAUGAUUUCAUUGGAAAUUGUUUAGUUAAAAGAAAAGACAAAGAUAAAACUCUUGAUGAUUUGUUGCCUGAUAUUUUCCCAAAAGACAGGAAAAGGAAAACACCUUCAACAGAGGAUUCUAGUAAAGCUAAAAAGGCUAAAAUAGAGAAAUCAGAUCAAAACAAAGACAAGUCAUCUGAGAAUUUUCGUAUCCCAAAACUGUCUUCCAACACAGGACCUAGAAAGUUCACCAAAAAGACAGAGGAUGGAAAAUUCUCCAAACCAGAUACUGGUUACAAGAAGACUCCCUUUCCGGCUAGAGGAGGGAAGUCCUUUAGAAAAUGACAAGGAUGAAGAAUGAGUUCUUCCUCGGCGAGUCGCUGAGGGAGAGUGUAUAUAUGUUUUUCGUUAUGUGGGAAUGGUGGUGGAUUUUAAAUGCACAUAGAUGACAGUUUGCCUGAGUGUUUAAAAACACAGGUUUUUAACGGCCAAUCUGU